AAAGUAAUAGUUAAUCAAAGGAUCAAUUAGUACAAUGUCAUCCUGGAAAAAAGACACAAAAUUAUUUGACUCAGAGCUUUUAAACAGCAGUAUCAACAAAAAUUACACCCAAACAGAAAAAAGCAAUACCCAUGCACGUGCUCUUUUUAAAGGUGAUAAAAGAUUGCUUGAUAAAGGUUUUAGUGGAACUAAAGUACUAGAAAUUAAAAAAGAAAAAGCAUCAACAAAAGUUUUAAAAAAAGAUACAAGGUAUGAAAGUGUUUAUAAAGAAAAAGGUAAAACAUCCUUUAAAGAUUCCAAUAAUAUUGGAAACUCAGUACUAGAAAGUAAAAAGAUAUGUUCUUUGUCAAACAAUCAUUCAAAUUCAAAUGGAUUGGUUAAUGCAGAACUUCCUGAAAAUAUUAUACAUGCUGAUGGUAAUGAUGACUCUUCAAUAUCUGUUGCUGUGAGAUUGCGUCCCUUUAACUCCAGUGAGAUUGUUUCUGGUCAUAAAAAUGCAAUUUCAAUGAAUGGAAAUACUACCAUAUUACACAGUGAAAAUGGUUACAAUUAUGAAUUUAACUUUGAUUAUUCACUUUGGUCUUUUGAUAGACAGAAUCAAUCAGCAUCUUAUGUAGAUCAAGAAGAGAUUUUUAACAAAAUUGCAAAACCUUUACUUAACUGGUCAUUAGAUGGAUAUAAUACAUGUCUUUUUGCAUACGGGCAGACUGGCUCGGGAAAAUCAUAUACGAUGAUGGGUUAUGAUCAAGAUGAAGGAAUUAUACCGCGUUUUUCUAACAGUUUAUUUCAAAUAAUAUCAAAUGGGCAACAACAGUGCUCAGAGAAAAAGUAUUCUGCACAAAUCAGUUUUUUUGAGAUAUACAAUGAGAAGAUCUUUGACUUGCUCUCAGUGAAUGAUACUAAGUCUCGUUUAUGUGUUCGAGAACAUCCAGACUAUGGUCCUUAUGUUCAAGGUUUGGCAUUACAUAAUGUUGGAUCUCAUAUGGAUAUUGUUGAUUGGUUAGAAGUGGGAAACAAAAAUCGAGCCACUGCUUCAACUGGAAUGAAUGAUAAAAGCAGUCGAUCUCAUUCUGUGUUUACAAUUCUUUUAUCUCAAGUUAAGACUGAAAAAUUUGAAGGCACUGAAACACAACUACAAAGAUCAAGUAAAGUCAAUCUGAUAGAUUUAGCUGGUAGUGAGCGCGUAACAAAGGUUUUAGAUACAGAUGCAGUAAGAAACUGUUUAGAGCUUGCUUCUGCUAGAAUGAAGGAAGGUAGCUGUAUAAACAAGUCUUUGCACACACUAGGAAAAGUGAUAUCUCUUCUCUCUGAAAUCAGUUCGAAAAAAAAAACAACAUUUAUUCCAUACAGGGACUCUGUUUUAACAUGGCUGCUAAAAGAAAGUCUUGGAGGCAAUGCUAAAACCACAAUGCUUGCUACAAUCGCCCCUUCACAAGUUUAUGCUUCUGAAACAUUAAAUACAUUAAGGUAUGCUCAACAAGCCAGAUGUAUUAUUAAUAAAGCAAAAAUUAAUGAAGACAGAACAUCUCAACUUAUAAGAGAGAUGAUGGCUGAAAUUAAACAUUUAAAAGCUUAUCAAAGAAGGUCAGGCUGUAACAGUCUGGAAAAAGAAGUUACAGAAUUACGACAGAAACUUAUGGAUGCUCAAAAAGAAUUAGCUACAGCUGCUCAAAAUUGGCAAGAAGAUGUUGCAAAGUCUAAUGUUCUUCAAAAAAGAGCUGCAAAAAGUUUAAGACAAUCUGGUGUUGCAUUUGGUAAAUUUGAAAAUCAGCGACCAAGUUUAGUUAAUUUAAACGAAGAUCCUCAGUUAGCUGAAAUACUUCUUUACCUAUUAAAAGAUGGGGAAACUUUAGUUGGUCGAAACAAAUCUAUGGAAGAAGGAAAUAUUAUAUUGAAUGGAAAUUUAGUUUCUGAUGUUCAUUGUGCAUUUUCCUUAAUUAAUGGCGUUGUUACUUUUGUACCAUUUGAUGACUGUGCAUCUUAUGUCAAUGGAGAAAUGGUGACUGAGGAAAUUGUUUUGCAUCAUGGCGAUAGAAUUGUGAUUGGUGGAGACCAUUUCUUUAGAUUUAAUCAUCCUAAAGAAGCCAAAACUAUCCAACGCUCAACAUCUGAUGGAGUAUUAAAAGAUUUCAAUUUUGCAAUGACUGAGUUAUUAGAAAAACAAAAUCAAAGACUUGAGGAUGAAAUUGAACAAGCUAGACUUGCUGCUGAAGAACUUGCUUUGAAAAAGAUCAAGGAGGCUGAGAUUAAAGCUGAGAUGCAGAAACAUCAUUAUGAGGAAAAACUUUUUAUACUACAAAAAAAAUUAGAAGCAAGCAAUGAAGAAAAAUACCAAGCAGUUCAAGAAGAACAAAACUCGAGAGAGAUUAUUACAGAGUUAAAAUCACAAAAAGAGUAUUUAGAAGAACAAAUUGCUUCAAACAGAGAAAGAUUACAAAUGGAAGCAUUUCGAGCUAGACAGGUGUUUGAAGAAACAGAAUCAAAUCAAAAAAAAAUUAUAGAAGAAUUGGAAAUGCAAAAAAAAAAAAUUGAAGAUGAUAUCAACAAACUAAAACUAUCAAAGGAAAAAGUGAAAGUUCGUUCAUCAAUAUCAAGCUCUGGAAAUGAAAAUGGGAACUGUGAUUUAUUAAAAAUUUCUCUUCUGUUAAGAGAAGCUAAUGAACUUAGUAAACGCUUUAAACAACAUUAUAGUUUUUCUCGAGAUGACUUUUGCUUGGAUGGAGAGGUACAGCUUCAAAUUUGCGUUAAAGAUACAAAUAAAUGUCUGACAGCUUUGAUGACGUUGGAAGAAUUUAAUGAAGAGCUUUCUAUCAUGAGAGAACUUAAUAAUUUUGAUGAAGGCUUUCUCCACAAUAGAAAUUUGGUUUGGAAAAAAGAUAACUCAUCUCUAAAAAGAUUGCCAAGGCUUUCAAUUUCAAAUGAUGUUUCUGAUAAUCUUAUUCAAACAUUAAAUAAAUCCAUGGAAAUGUCUGCUAAAAAGUUCGAUGAGUUAUUGUCAAUACAAACAUCUAAAACAGAUGUUAAUUUGCAAGAUACUACUGACAAUGAAUUACUUAAGAUGUAUGCAUCACACACUUAUUUGGAGUCUAGUAGAUUAUCAUCAGUUCAUGUAUAUAAUAAAAAUUCAAAAACAGAAGAUUCAAACUGUAACAACUCAACACUCAGAGUUAGUUUCAUUGAUUCAUUGUUGGAUGAAACUGGGAUCAAAGAAGAAGUUUCAAUCAUUUCAAGUCUUAUUCAAUGCAUCUUUAAAAUAUAUAUUGACUACAAUACCCAAUAUAUUGAUGACACUAGUUUGUUGAAUAUAAUAUGCAGUAUUAAAGGGUUAAAAAUGUCAGCGUCUAUAUUGUGCUCUGUGCAUGAAGCUGUAGGACUUGAUGAAUUAAAAAAAAUGUCCCGGCUAUUUAAGAAACUGGUAGAAGAUACAACAACAUGUUUUAAGACUCAGGUUUCGGCAACGACUCUAGCAAGCUCAUGGAAAAAACAAGAUUUCAAUAAGCUUGUUAUGCAGAUGGUUGAAGUGUUAGCUGCUUUGUCGUUGGCAGCUGUUGAUCAUUUUCCUGAAGAUAAUCAUCAUUCGUACUUUGCCGAUGGAUCUUCUAAAAAUUUGAGUAAACAUUUUCUUGAAUAUCAAAAUAAAUUUCUUAUAUCCAUGUUCAACGAAGCAGAAACUACUGUAGAAAAUGGCAUUAAAGAAAUACGAUCUUUACAGAUAAAUGCGUCCCACGAGAUGUCUGAUGAUCUUGUUGACGAUGUUAUGAACAUCUUGACCUCGUGCACAACUCUCUUAAAUAGGGGUAAAGACUUCAUGAUGGUUUAUGCUGAUGUUUGCGUUUUGAACAAUGGCUUGUAUUUUGCUAAAGAAUGUUUUAUUCUUCGGAAGAUGCUUGCAUCAUUAGUGGAUUUAAAUGAAAAUAUUCACAAUAUAGUUGAACAUUCUGCAAGUAUAGCUAAAGACAUUGACAAUCUAGAAGAAUUUAUUGAGAUACCUAUCGAGUUAGCAGACACUAUAAAGUGUCUUUGUGGUGCUGCUGAACAACUAACAACGUUUUCCUCAUCAACGAAGCAUCAUGAUGAAGAGAUAAUAACACUUUUUCAAGAUUGUUUUGAUAAGUUUGAGUUUGCAAGUAAAGCUGUGCGAGUUGGAGCUACUAUACUUGUUCAGGAAAUAGAAAAAGACAUAAAUAUUAGCGAAGAACAAUCGGUAGUUUCGUUUGUGCAAUCCGAUGUUGAAUUAAAAAGAAAUCAAUCAUUGUGUCCAUUAAACAGAUCACGUAUAGAUAUGAGUCAAGUUGAAACGAAGCUUCAAAGUAAGUUGAGGUGGGAUCGAAAAUCUUCUGUUAAUCGUGACUUGUUUAUAAGCAGAUAUAUGGAUUCGAAUGACGAAUAUGGGUUCGAAUAACGAAUUCAUAUUUAAGUAACUAUUUUUUUGCUACUAAUCUUUUGUGUUCGGUUUCAUAACAAAAUCAAAGUGUUUUAUUUUAAAUUUUCUAUAUAUUACCAAAAAUUUUUACAGCAGCAUGAGACAAGUUUUGUUCAACAGAACGCAUUGAACACGUUUUAUUUAACAGAGCAGCAUUAGACUUGUUAAUAUUGUUCAUAUUUGUAUAGUUUUUUAUGUGAUGUAAAACAAAAUGUAAUUUAUUAUCAUCCUAAUAAUA